UUCACUUAACAGUUCUAGCUUGAUGGCGAUAAAGAAUGAAUUGAAUGAUCCUCACAAUGUCCUGGAGAAUUGGGAUAGUAAUUCUGUUGAUCCUUGCAGCUGGAGGAUGAUUACUUGUAACCUUGAUGGCUCUGUUUCAGUAUUGGGAAUGCCUAGUCAGAACUUGUCUGGUACUCUAUCUCCUUGGGUUGGAAACCUUACUAACUUACAAUCUGUGUUGCUUCAGAACAAUGCAAUUUCCGGUCAGAUUCCUACAGCAAUUGGAAGCCUAGAAAAGCUUCAGACACUUGAUCUCUCCAAUAACGAUUUUAGUGGUGAGAUACCGAAUUCUUUGGGAGGCCUCAAGAACCUGAAUUAUUUGCGGUUGAAUAAUAACAGCCUUACAGGACCGUGCCCUCAGUCUUUAAGCAACAUAGAAGGUUUAACACUUGUAGACCUCUCCUACAAUAAUCUGAGUGGUUCUUUGCCAAGAAUACCAGCAAGAACAUUAAAGAUUGUUGGAAAUCCGUUAAUUUGUGGUCCGAAAUCCAACAACUGUUCUACUUUACCGGAGCCACUUUCCUUCCCUCCAGAUGCACUAAGAGCUCAAUCAGAUGGUAGUAAGAAAAGCCAUCAUGUGGCUAUUGCUUUUAGUGCAAGUUUUGGUGCUGCCUUCGUCUUCGUGAUAAUUAUUGUGUUCCUUGUUUGGUGGCGGUAUAGACACAACAAACAGAUUUUCUUCGACGUUAAUGAGCAAUAUGAUCCAGAGGUGCGCCUUGGCCAUUUAAAAAGGUACACGUUCAAAGAGCUUCGAGCCGCAACAGACCAUUUCAACUCAAAGAAUAUCCUAGGUAGAGGUGGCUUUGGAAUAGUUUACAAGGCGAGCUUGAACGAUGGGACUAUUGUAGCCGUUAAAAGGUUGAAGGACUACAAUGCAGCAGGUGGUGAGAUCCAGUUUCAGACAGAAGUUGAGACGAUAAGUUUAGCUGUCCACCGGAACCUUCUAAGGCUUUGCGGAUUUUGCAGUACUCAGAAUGAAAGGCUCCUUGUUUAUCCGUAUAUGGCUAAUGGCAGUGUUGCCUCUAGAUUGAAAGAUCAUAUUCAUGGUCAGCCAGCUUUAGAUUGGACAAGGCGGAAGAGAAUAGCAUUAGGUACAGCAAGAGGGUUGGUCUAUUUGCACGAGCAAUGUGAUCCUAAGAUUAUUCACCGGGAUGUGAAAGCAGCCAACAUAUUGCUAGAUGAAGACUUUGAAGCUGUUGUUGGCGAUUUUGGUUUAGCUAAACUUCUGGACCACAGAGAUUCCCAUGUGACCACUGCUGUGCGAGGCACAGUUGGUCACAUUGCUCCUGAGUACCUAUCCACAGGUCAGUCAUCGGAGAAGACCGAUGUAUUCGGGUUUGGAAUCUUGCUGCUUGAGCUGAUCACAGGUCAUAAGGCUCUAGAUUUCGGGCGAGCAGCAAACCAGAAAGGCGUAAUGCUUGAUUGGGUUAAGAAGCUCCAUCAGGAUGGAAGACUAAAUCAAAUGGUUGACAAAGAUCUAAAGGGAAACUUUGACCGUGUCGAAUUAGAAGAAAUGGUUCAGGUUGCACUCUUGUGCACACAAUUCAAUCCUUCUCAUCGUCCCAAGAUGUCGGACAUAUUGAAGAUGUUGGAAGGAGACGGCUUAGCCGAGAGAUGGGAAGCCUCACAGAGGAUUGAGACACCAAGAUUCAGGUCUUGCGAAAGCCACCCUCAAAGAUAUUCGGAUUUUAUAGAGGAAUCUUCACUCAUAGUAGAAGCUAUGGAGCUUUCUGGCCCUAGGUGACAAAAACAUCUUGGUUUUCCACUAUAGCUCCCACUAUUUAAAAAUGGUGGUGUUUCAAAAUGGUUAAAGAACGACAUUGUAAUUGGUGUUGAUAGCUUUGUAAUGUAAUGUAAUGCUUGUAUUGAUGUGUAAAAAGAAAACAAAAUGAAUGAGAAAAAGGUCAUGUAUAAGUAUGUAUCUUCUUUGUUGGGAUGUCUUAGUUGUGUAAGAAAAAUUUUGAUUCAUAUUAUAUAAAAAAUUGUACUUAGUUUCGCUUA